AUGAACAAAAACGGAACCGCUAAAAUGAAUGAUAAUCAAAUUAGAGCAGAAGGUAGAAGGUUAUUUAAACGCUUCUAUAACAUUCCUGAUGGUGUUAAUCCUAAAACUCGUAGAAGCUAUUUAAAUGAAGCAAUAGAUGCAUAUGAAGGGUUUGACAUUUCAUCAGAAAGUGAGAGAUUAGCGAGAAUGUUAAAUGUUAAUAUUGAUUUCUAUUAUUGUGAUCCUCAACCAGAAGACGUGGACAUAAAUAAGGUAGACUUUCCAUUAGUGGAUUCAAUAAUGAUAGAUCCAGAAUUUGAAACAAUAAAUAUUUUAUUAACACAGAGUCCAUGUGGAAAACUUCACGCUGACAGAAUAACAGACGUUGAAGCACUCACCGGCUAUAGAGUUUGUCCAUAUUGUAAAGAAGAAGUUUAUUCUAUCCGUGAUGAUCCAGAAAGGAAAUACCAAAGAAGAUUUUUAAAGCAUUGCGAGAAAUGUAAAGAAAAUAAUGGAAGAUUAAUUCAAGACGUUCAAUUGCAAAAGACACAGCAACCAUAUGCACCACAUAUUACGAAACAGAAGAUAUAUCAGUGGUUAUUAGCUCAUAAUUUGCAGGAAUAUUAUCAACCGACAAGAUAUUAUAUUACUUUUGACUUCGAAACAUUAGAGACUAAAGAAGAAUUACAACUUUCUGAGUGUGCAACUUUGAACGCUUACUUAAAACCAUUCAUGGUAUCAUCAACGGUUAAAUUAAAUGAUAAAACGUAUACGAGGAAUUUUUGCUUAACUUCGAGUGAUUCUUUUAUUUCUGAUUGGAUUGAGUUUUUAUUUUCAACCUGUUCAUUAGUUGUUGAAUCAAAUAUUGAACAAUAUGAAGAAUUAAUGAAGUCCCAUACAUUAAAUGAAAAACAGAAGGAAGCAUUUAAAGAACUUCUAGAUGAGGAAUUCAAUAAAGUGAAUAUCAUAGGUUUUAAUUCGGGAAAGUUUGAUUUAAAUUUAAUUCUUCGUGAUUUAAACACUGCAAAAUGGAAAAUAAAAUCAAUACUGGGUUCAUCUUCACAAUUUAAGCAAAUCAUUGUAAAGAAAACAAAC